AAUCAUAGUGAGAGAAAAGUGGUGGCACAAAUUGUUGCCAAGUAUUUAAGCUUUUAUUAUCAAAAGGCAAAUGGUUUUUGAGACAGAAAGAUGACCAAAAGUUGAUACGAAUAUGAAAGAACUACAUUCAAAACAGAGGCAUCCAAGGAAAGAAGUAAAAAGUGGGUUCUGCAUUAUCUAGCUAUAACAUUGUGACAAUGGUGAUUGGUGGCAAAGGGCAUCAGGACAAGGGGGCUGAUUCUCCCCUAUAUAUACUCCCAAAAUCAGAAGAACUCAAUACCCUUCUAAAAUAUGCUUCCAUUUAUCAGAUCUAUCUGACUUUUACAGGCUUCUGUUAUUGACAUUAUUUUAUGGCACAAUUAAAAGUAAAGAGACUCUCUCACUGUCUUUUAAUUCAAAAUGAUUCUGUAUAAUCAAUGUGUUCUUCUGUUAAAGAAUGGUUUUGGUUGUGUUGUGUUGAGUUGGGAAAGGGAACAAAGACAGACAAGGUUUUUCUACAUAUUUUCAGGCUUGAAUAACGCAACUUCUCAAGGGAUGAUGAGAAUAAGAUUCUUCCUGUCAGCCACUGGAGCCAAAGAAGAGGAACAUUUUUUUUUUUACUUUACCUUACCUAGACUCUCCCACCUCAGGUUUUCCCAUCUAGAUCCAAAUAUCCAAAUUAAAAGAUCCAUAAAAAGGAAAACUAUAGCCAUUGCAGCAACGCAAUUUGAGCAUCAUAAACUGCUGAGAAUGGAUUGGUUGGUUAGAUACAUGAUAAAAGAAACUUGCUUCAUCAGAUUGUCACAAGCGUGAGCAUCAUUUUUUUUCUCAGUAGGACCCAAUGCAAGUUGGGUCAAAGACAACUCACAUGUGUACCACAUGUAAUGUACACACAGAGGACAGCAUCGAGAUGAUCUUCUACUCAAAUCAAACAUUACAGACAAAUGCUUUAUUGCUGUCAUUUAAUGAUAGGGUAGCUUCAGCGAAUUGAGGGAUUAGUACUUAUCAUCAUUUUAAUCGAUAAGAAGUGUGUGUUGAUCGUAUAUUUUAUACCAAAUAUGUUUGCAUGACAUGUUAAAUAAUUAGUAUGUUUUGCAUGAGAAUCUGUCAAUUUAGAAGUUCGCAGUUGUUAAGAAAGAGCUUAAUAAGUCAUUAUUCGAGUGCUAUAGGCAUGACCAGUAUUGAUCAAUAUUCUUUUCUUCUCUGCCAUAGUGUUUCCAUUAUAGGCAGUCAAUUUGCUGUAAGGGGAAUUAAAAAAAGUUGGCAGCAUCUUUCUUUGUGAGAGGUUGGGCUGCUACAGAACGACCGACCAAAGUUUCUUGUGGCAAUGGUUUAAGAAUCAUAAUCUUAUCACGUCUUUCCUGUUAAAGAAGCAAAGAGAGAUGGGGUUGGCUUGCGGCGUAGAUUGCUGACUUUAAUGGUUCCAUUUUUGUCAAUGGAAAAGCGGGGCUAGUUGUUGCGGUAGGCCAUAAAUAUACAAGCUUUCUUUUUGUAACAUCCAAUUGAACCAAAGAAGCCUUUCAUAUUAGGUGGAGGAGGGGUUUCUAUACCAACUAAAAUCUUCUUGCAUCCUGUAAAGGAUAGAACAAUUAUGCAAGCAAAUCAAUAAACUUGCUUGUCAAAAACAAGCAAAGCCUAGAUCAGCUAGAGAGGCUGAAUAGAAAAACCUGGUUCAGUUCUUUUGCAUUGAUUUCUUGGGCGAACAAACGAGGAAUUCGCAGAACCCUCUGCAGUAAAGACUAUCAAAUCAGUAGAUUUGAAUAGAAAACCAUCACAUUUUUAAAGAACUAAUGUUACUGCAUCAAAAUUCAAAAGCCAUUUCUCAAUCCCAUUUUAUUUGAUUGAUUCAGUAACAAGAAGUGAUAAUCCUAUCAAUAACUUCAUAAUAUACGUAACCACAAGGCAUUCAAACUUAGAUUAUCUCCUCUUUCAGUUUUGAACGCUAGAGUGGGUUUGAGGACUGAAGACUGAGGAGGCCAUUCUUCACUUGUAGUAAUAUUACAACUUUGAUAGCCCAUACACAUAGGCCACAGACCAUAGCUUGCUAUAUAUUCUAUUCCUCGUAUAUAAAUGCAGGUAGAGUGGAGUGUGUAUCUGAAAUUGCCUUCAAAUUCGGAGUUUAGCUUAAUUAUAUUAUGAAACCACUUUUAGGAAGUGACAUCCAAAUUUGGAAUUCGAAUCCCAAUUCCUGCAUAACUCUUUUCCCUAUUUCUAGAUUGCGACUUCCCUUGUAAAAGAAAAUUACCUUCAAAGGGUGGAAGUGAGCUAAUAUUCUGUACAGUUAAUUCUUCAAUAUCUCCAUCAAAGGCCAUGUAUGAGGCGCCUAUUUUCUUAAAUACCUUUAUCAUUCUUAACAUUCACAUUGCAUGCUUAAGGUACUACUAUAUGUUUGUACUUGGAAAAAGAUUUGUGUUGAAUCUAGACUUGAUUUAUUAAUUAACCCUCCCUUUUAAAGUAUGGUACCCAAUUACAAAUUUAGUCAAUAAUUCAGUAAUUAUUAUCUGUCUGCUUAAAAAAAUGGAAGGUUGUGAUCAAUAAUAUAAUUAACUGCUAACAAAUGAAAGUGAAAUUUAAUCCCUUCAGCCUCUUGUGGUUAUCUAGCUAAACCACAAUUCUCGUUGGAUCUCUCGUUUCAUUUCUCUAAUUUUUUUCAUUCCAUGAAAACGUUUUUUUUUUCUUUUUUUUCAUAAAAAAAGACCAUAGUUGCAGCAAACUCUUCCAUAUGAUCAACUGAAUUAGGUGAUGCCCUUUGUUCCUUUUGCAUGUCUCUCCUCCUUCGAUGGGUUGUGGUGUUUCAAAGUUUGACAUUGGAGAAGAGGUAGCAGACUCGCCAUGCCAUCAAUUAAGCACUGUUCUUCGAUGGAAUGAUCGCGCUGUUGUGGAUAAUAGCCUGUUAUCCAAGCCGUUGCAUGAAGGCGGCGAAGGAGAAGAGCAUGCAAAGGGUGAUAUUCAACAUAAGAGUUUCAAGAAGGUGAAUUCUGAGGAUAAAGGAGGGAUUCAAAGGGAGAGGGUUGAACAGGAUGAGGAGGCCACCUGUGAUAAGGAAGAGAGUGAUGAGGAUGGACAUGACAGAGAUGAUAGCAUUGAGUAUCCUCGAUCCCUGAGUUUCAGGGUAUAUUGCAUUCCAUCUUUGUCUGAUGAUGACAACAGCGAAGGUCAUAGUAAUGCUGGGCAAAUAAAGGACAAACAACAGUGUUAUGUUCAAAAUGACAAGAAGGGAUCACGAAAUCGAUUGAGGAGGAGAGGUAGGAUGGGAAAAGGAAUCAAGACCGGUUCAGCAAAAGUUAAAAGUAUUUUAAGAGUCUAAUUGUCAAUCUAUAUACCAAUCCUAUUCCUCCUGCAGCAUCAAAAACCCCAUUUGCAAGGUUUCUUUGUGAUACUACAAGAAUGAAAGGCUCUUGAAGGAACAGGACAAUUUUCCCUUUUGUUUUUCUUGUGUAUCAGAUAAAGCAGGAAAAUUGACAUGUGACCUGCGUAUUUUCUUAAGGAGAUGCAAACAACAUUUCUUCACAGGAGAAACUGAAUUAUUUAUUUUGCAAAAAAAAGAAGAAUUUAUUUUCUUUCUGAAUUAUUUAUUUAUAGAUCUCCUUUUGACCAGAAACAUUGUAUUUAAGAUUUGGGUUGUUUUCUUGAAGACAAAAAGGCAUUUAGCUUCUGAUGAUGUGUCGAAAUGAAAUACAUUAUACAGUUAAACAUCACUGGUUGCUUCCCUGUGCUAUAGGAGAAGGAAGGACCAAUCCAUUGCCAGCUUAAUUCUCUCAAAACCCCAUAUAUCUGAAUUGAGGCUUAGCACCACAAAGUCAAUAUCUAUUCAUUCAACUUUUUUGGUAGAGCAUGUGGAAAAAAAAGGUUAUUUCUAGUGCACUUUGGUCAGAUACACAAAUUGACCAAGGGCAUUAAUAUUUCCAAUUUUUAGUACACAUCAAAGAGGAAAAAAAAGGGAGAAAUCCAUGAACCAUUAGUCAAAGAGACAAACACAGUAAGGUGGAAGACUUUUGUCCGUUGGGACUCUGUGUGUUGUAAAAGAAAAAGUAGAAAGAAAGAAAGAAGGGAACCCAAAACUUCCCUGCCAAAUUGCUGAUAUCAUGGUAAUAAUUAAUACAGUUCAGAAAGACGGCCCGUUGAAAAUGGCUGAUCCUCUUUCAUCCUUGUUUGUCCUUUCUGACCAAGGAAAGUCCUCAAGCCUCAUUCAAAAAUACAUUGUCUUCCAUUUCUUUUUCUGUCUCUGUCAAACCUUAGUUAUGUUCUACUAUCUUAAAAUCAAAAGCCACUGUUUGUCCGGGCUCUGAUGUUUCAAAUUCAGUAUUAACCUUCCAGUUAUAUCAAUAACAGUUCUUGGUCAGAUAUGUGUUCUAGCUCCUACCUAGCUUUGCUUACCAUUACAACUGCCAAACUAGUCAUAAACUUUGGUUGUGUCUUGUGUGCCCAAAUUUGGGGGGUACUUCUUCCUUACUGACAGUUUUUUAGGAUACUUUGUUUUCCCUUUCCCUACUGGUUGGGGCAAAAGCUGGCUCCAAGGGUUGCAAAACAAAACCAAACAAGUGUUCAGAUCAUAAUCGAGGUUGACCCAUCUAGUUAUUGCAUCAAGUGAGUGAA